AUGCUGGGGCCGUUGACCACCACGGCGCUGAUAUUCGGUGGAUGCUGCACGAAUGUUUUCGCACUCGAAGGGAUCCUCAAGCUCGAAUCGAGUAGUGGCUUGAUCAUCACCUUUCUGCAGUUCGUCUUCACGGCCCUCAGCUCGUACCCGACCCAAUUCGAACCCGGAGCACCCUACACUCUUCGCCGCACAAAGGUCCCUGCGUCGAGAUGGGCCUUCAUAGCGUUCAUGUUCUUCGCCAUCAACAUGCUGAACAACUGGGCGUUUGCGUAUAACAUCAGCAUACCGGUGCAUAUCAUCCUCCGCAGUUUCGGUAGCGUCACGACUAUGCUGGCGGGGUUCAUCCGUGGCAAGCGCUACAGUCCGUUGCAGAUUUUGAGCGUUGUACUUCUGACUGUGGGCGUACUCGUCAGUGCUUGGGCCGACUCGGAAAGCAAGGGAAAGUCAAUGUCUGUGGAGAGCUCCGCUUCGACCUCCGACUUCACGACCGGCCUCGCCAUACUUUUGCUCGCCCAAGUCUUCUCCGCGUACAUGGGCGCGUACACCGAAGACACGUACUCCGAAUUCAACGCUAGCUGGACCGAGAACUUGUUCUAUUCGCAUCUCUUCAGCCUGCCAUUCUACCUGCCUUUUGCGGCGACGCUACGCAAGCAGUACCGGACGCUGUCCAAGACGCCCCCACUCGAGCUCGAGCCGCUGUGCGCCUUCGCCGAAUCCAUGCCACAAGGCACACUGUUCCUCUUCAUCAACGCCGUGACACAGCUAGCUUGCAUUUCUGGGGUCAACUUGCUGUCGGCAAAGUCGUCCGCGGUCACGGUGACGAUUGUGUUGAACAUUCGCAAAUUGGUGUCAUUCAUACUGAGCACGCUGCUUUUCGGGCAUCAUCUCAAUUCCAAGAUGAUUCUUGGUUCCACCAUGGUAUUUGGUUCCGGAGCGCUCUACGGGUGGGAGACAAGUUGGCGUCUUCCGAGGAAGAACAGCAAGGCCAAGAAGUCGGAAACGCAAUCGGUUUCACGAGAGCAGAAGUAA